CCCAGUUUUUCAUUGUUCAUCGUUCCCAAGAGACGACUUCAUAGAGCAGAGCUUACUGAGCAUAUCGCCAUUUCAGACCGAGAACGGAUAUGGCUUCGGCUCCUCUUCAAGAUGAACAAAAUCUCCUUCAAGGAUCUCCGAAGAGAGUUGCAGUGGUUGGUGCUGGCGUCAGUGGUCUUGCUGCAGCGUUCAAGUUAAAAAACAGUGGUUUGAAUGUAACAGUAUUUGAAACUGAUGGGAGAGCGGGAGGGAAGCUGAGAAGUGUUUGCCAAGAUGGCCUAAUAUGGGACGAAGGAGCUAAUACUAUGACAGAAAGUGAACCAGAAGUCCAAUCGUUACUGGAUGCUCUUGGACUUAGAGAGAAACAACAAUUUGUAACAAUUCCCGCUUUUACUUCCUUUCACAGUUUGCUAUCAUCUUUUCUAGGAAAGAGGUUCAUUUUCAUUUAUCCUUUCUGGUUUAAGAUGUACUGCUGUUUUACUCUUGUUAAGCAAACGGUUUGGGUUUUGAUUUAUAUUUCAAACAUUUUGGCAUAACAACUUUGUGGAUUAGUUUUAUAUGUCGUUUGUACUCAGUGACUGCGAAUUGUUUUCCAUGGUUUUAUAAUUGCAGCCGAUUUCACAAAAGAAGCGGUAUAUAGUCCGGAAUGGAACUCCUGUAUUGUUACCAUUAAAUCCUAUCCAGAUGAUAUCAAGCAACUUUCUUUCUGUGGGGUCCAAGCUUCAGAUACUCAUGGAGCCUUUUUUAUGGACGAAUAAGAAGCUCCCAAAAGAGUCUGAUACAAAUGAAAGUGUUGGGCACUUUUUUCAGCGUCAUUUUGGGAAUGAGGUUGUGGAGUAUCUCAUUGAUCCCUUUGUCGCGGGCACCACUGGAGGAGAUCCCAAAUCACUUUCUAUGACCCAUGCAUUUCCAGAACUGUGGGAUCUAGAGAAAAGGUUUGGAUCAGUCAUAUUUGGGGCAAUUCAAUCUAAGAUAUCAUCCAACAAGAAGAAUCAAGGGCCGAUUGGUGCUUCAAAGAUUAAGCAUCAGCGUGGAUCCUUUUCUUUUAUAGGUGGAAUGCAGACACUUACAGAUGCACUGUGCAAAGAGCUUGGCGAAGAUGAACUUAAACUUUCUUCAAAGGUUCUAGAGUUAUCUUCUCACCACAAAGAAAACUGUCUGGGUAGCUGGUUAGUUUCUUAUGCUUCACCUCACAGAAAACACUCAGUAAAGGAAUCGUUCGAUGCUGUUGUGAUGACGGCUCCUCUCUCUGACGUCAAAACCAUGAAUUUCACUCAGAAGGGAGCUCCAUUUUUGCUCAACUUUCUCCCUGAGGUUGAUUAUGUUCCUCUAUCUAUCAUGAUCACCACAUUCAAAAGAGAGAAUGUAAAGCGACCCCUCGAGGGGUUUGGAGUGCUUGUACCAUCUAAAGAGGAACAAAAUGGUUUGAAGACAAUAGGCACUCUAUUCUCUUCCAUGAUGUUUCCAGAUCGAGCACCAAAGAAUGUUUAUCUUUACACUACUUUUAUUGGAGGAAGUCGAAAUAGGGAACUUGCAAAAGCUUCAAGGGAUGAACUGAAGGAGAUUGUAUCUUCUGACCUUAAGCAGUUGCUGGGUGCGGAAGGAGAGCCAAUGUUUGUAAACCAUGUCUUCUGGAGUAAGGCAUUUCCUUUGUAUGACCAUAACUACGGGUCAGUCCUGGAAGCGGUUGACAGGAUGGAGAAGAACCUCCCCGGAUUUUUCUAUGCAGGUAACCAUAAGGGAGGACUGUCUGUAGGCAAAGCAAUAUCAUCUGGUUGCAGUGCAGCUGAUCAUGUCAUCUCAUAUUUGGAAUCUUCUUCAGUUGAGCCUCAGAAAUAGCCUUUGCCUUGAUUGAGGUUCUUCUUUCAUGUCCCUUCUGUCAACAUAUUUGGGAUCCAAACACGCCCUAAAGGCAUGAUAGUAGAAAUUUGGGUUUCAUUUCUCAACUGUCCCUCACGUUGAGAGUUGAGACAUUUUUCUGUUGUAAAAAAAUGUUUCCCCAUGUUGUAUCCUCCUGAU